CAAGCGGUAGCUACAGAUACAUACACUACGUAUGCCACUGCACUGGACAAAUAUAUGAGAUCUUCAGUCUCCAUUCACAGAUACUGUGAAGGCAGUUGAUGAUGGAUUUCAACACGAGGAUCAUGUUUGCUCUGAUGCUGAUCUGUCUACAGCUGGCUGGAGGGGAUUUUAGUUCAUCCGUUGAAGAAGCUGAGCCUUCAAAGAGCCCUCAUCAGCUUCAUCGACGUAGACUGGAUAAAGCUAAAUCUGAUGAAACCAAAAAAGAAAAUGCUAAAAAUGUCAUCCAGAGCGCAACUGACCACAAUAGCAACUUGGAAUGGGUCGCAUCAGCAGAAGUGCCGAAGGACGCAGUUUCUGUCAAGGCUGAACGAAAAGAUUAUUACAUUACUAAACGUAAGGACUGUGAAAUUUGCUUCUUUGACAAAGAAAAAAGCUCAUGUGUAAUAUGGUCGCCCAAGAAAGGAGAAAAAGACAUUCGUGUUUCAUAUAAUGAUAUUAUGUUUCUAGUAAACAAGGAUAACUUUGAAAUGAUGGAAUGGAAGAAAUGUACAAACCGAAAGAUUCCACCUAUGUCAGUGGAAAUAUGUGACGGGCACUUUAUUGCUAAAAAUGAGGUGGGGUUCACUGAUAUGACCAUAGAAAACGUUACUGAAACAACUGAAGUCCUCACCCUAAACACUGACAUCAAAAAGCAGCAUGUAAACAUUAUUGAAUAUUUAAUGUCAAGUGUGGUGAUGGCAGAAAACCUAGAAGUGCUUAAACAUUUCCAAGCUUCCAACAGGAACUGCAAACCAUCCAAACAGACAAUGAAAUUUGACCACAAUAUUGAUAAAACAAUUUUUUACCAAACUGGUCACACCCAUACAUUUGGAGUAAAUGCAGAGUUAACAAUCAAUGCUACACUUCCAAGUAUAGCGAAAAUUGGAGGAAAAUUUGGGCUUAAAUACGUCCACAGUCGCCCCCGUUCAAACACUACAUCUGAAGUUGAGAAAACCCUGCAUUCUGUGGAUAUGGCAGUAGAGGUUCCACCCAACCAUUCUUGUACCAUUGACUUGAUGAGCAACACCUUCAUGGCUGAAGUCCCGUUCACUGGCGAAAUGACUAGAAUGUACAAAAACAAUGAAAUACGCAAGACCUCCAUCAAGGGCACCUACGUCCAUCAGGAAGUAACGGAAAUUCAAACGCUUGUGAAUCCCUGCCAACCGUUCUUAGAUGGAAAGAAAUGUUAGACAAAACGUACAAAACCAGUGUGCAACGUCUGUACUAGAAAACAAGUUGCAUAUUGUGUAAGUGUACGAUAACGACAGAAUGUCAUAAUCACAG